AUGGGCCUUGCAGCUAUCUUAGAAAUUGUCAACGUUUUCUGUCUGGCCACCAAAAUAAUUGACUGGCCCAACCCCCUAUGUACCUACGGUACUGAUGAUUCAAUGUCGAUUGAGACAGAUGAUCCUUCCCAAGCACUCAAGAACCGCCUCGAGACAAUGCCAGACAAUUUGGGCAUCGUAAUUCCAGACGGCCCCAUUGGACAACUCCAAGCUGAAGGCAUCAUGUCCACAGCAAUCUCUGCCAUGAAAUCCCAGGCAACUGUUGGACCGGACGCCAUGUCUCAGGAUGAACUCGCCGAAUACCUGGCUCGAUUGGCGGCCCCGGAGCCCACCACGAUGCUGACCGUCGCGGCCAGCCUUCCUACCAAGCGCGCAGAACCCGAAGUGCUUUCUGAAUCUGAGCACAGUUCUGAACAAGAACUAAAGAAGACUGCAGGCGAAGUUCAGAGAGCGGGCAUUUUCUGCAUACCAACUCCGUUUUGGCCGAUCUGCCUUUAA